GUGAAGUUCAGAGAGUUUCACUGAGUCACGAGUUCUACAAGCAGCCGCAAAUAUCGUUCAUUCCCACUUCGCUAUUUUUCAUCGACUGGUCGGCUCUUUACAAAACUCAGCAACAAUCUUUAAGCCGAACGCUGCCAGCCAACGUAAACUUGCUCACUCUGGAAACCUUAAAUCAAGGGAAAUAUUUGAUGAGGUUGGAGCACAUUUACGAUGUCGGUGAAGACAGCAUUUUAUCACAGCCGGCUACAGUGUCGAUCGAGGGUUUAUUUCCUGGAUUCACCGUUACUUCGGCGGAGGAAACUAUGUUGGGCGGUAAUCAGUUCAAGAAAGACUCGAACAUGUUAGUUUGGAACGUUGCGUCCACUUCCAACAGAAAUGAGGACGGACAGCAGAUUUGGGACGAACGCGCUAUUCCGGCAGUGCAAUUAAAACCAAUGGAAAUCCGCACAUUUAUCAUUACUUUAGUUCGCAUUUAGUCUAUUCAGUGUGGGUGUGAUGUUAUUCAUUAUAACCAAAAGGCAUAUUACGUAUAUGGAAAUUUUGACAGUUUUAAUGGGGAAUACAAUAGUGAAGGCCGUUGCAGGCUAUUUUGCGCGCAAGUAAUAAAUGUUUUCGUUAGUUUUA